AUGAACCCAUCAACCUGCAGACAGCAUCCCACCUCCCAAGCACCUGCACGCAGUGGCACCGCCUCCCAAGGACGCAAUCAUCACCACAAAGGCAAACGCAAAGAGCAAAACCACCUCACGAAGAAAGGGGCAAAAAGAACGUGCCCGGAUAUCCAUCACGUGAUUCGAGGCCGGUGCGUGAGAGGCAGGGGACCCAGAGUACAAAGCAGAGGGAAACAUAACCCAAACGGCGGCACCGCUACACUAGAAGUCAGCUCGCAGCACAGGAACAGAGGCAACGGAAAACGACAGCCAAUCAGAGCCAAGUGA